GAUUGACGGUGGACGCCCGGGGCCGGUUGCAGGCAAAGGGGAGGGGCCUCCGGGUGCCGACCAGCCAAUUGAGGCCGCCCGGAAGUACUGCCGGGGCGCUUCUAAGAUGUGGGAACCGAGGGGCCUCACACUUCUGUGACUAGCCGGGGCUAUCCAGCUAGCGACAGCUGGGGUCUGCACGUCGACAGCCUCCAGACCCACUGGGGUCUACUGCUGCAACUGUGCAAGAUGCUCAACAAAUCUGCCUGGAAAUAAAAGAAAUGAGGCAGAGAAAAUCUAAUGAUUAUUUAAAGGUGUGACUUCACAGACUAUCGGGUUCCACAGUAUCCUGGAGCUCAAGGCUGCUAAGUCUGAAGGAUUUCAAGAGAUAUACAGACUAUGGCAAAGAGGACAGGAGUGGAGACCCUCUUCUUUGUUCUCUUCCUGGACUGUUGGCAAGGCUCAAAUACUGAAUUUUCAUCAAGUUCAAAAAAUUUGGAUGAAGGUUUGGCUAAACUAUUUGAUGAAAUUCAACUGCAAGUGUUUUCCAAAGUUCCAUUUGAUGAUACAAGAACAGCAGGUUAUCCUCAAAAAGAGAGCUUGAAAAAUACUGAAUUUGUAUCAAGUUCAAAUCAAGAAGAGCAUUUGGCUAAACUAUUUGAUGAAAUUCUACAGCAAGUGUUUUCCAAUGUUCCAUAUGAGGAAACAAGAACAACAGGCAAAUCAGUUACAGAGAGAGACAAGAGAGAAGGAGCCAGUGUUGCUGGGUAUUCUACUGAACCAAGAUUUCUCCUUGGCAGCAUGGAUAGAGUGUCCACUAAUGGUCACGUUUCAGAGAAGAGGAAUAGAAAAUCCUUUCUAUUCAGCAGGGAUAUAAAUGAGCAAUUUAGUACUGAAGAUAAUGAAACACUUCGAGAAGCAGUGAGGACAGAUACACAAAAUAAGGAUGUACCAUGCGUGCAGCUUCUGAACUUCCUCCAGAGGAACAUCAUCAUUGCUGCUGCCUCAGUGGCGGGAAUCCUCAUGGUCACAGUGUUGUUGUUACUGGUGUUGACUGCAUGCAUCAGUAGGAAAAAGCCAUUAUAUCCUCCAGCAAACAUGACAUAUAAUAUUUUUAUACUGAAUGGGAAGACUUGGUGGCAAAAGUAUCAAGAAAAGAACCCCAGCAAACAAAAGGGAAAACAGAAACAGUUGAAGUCCAAGUCCUGCGUCUAAGCCAGGUGGUGGGGCCACCAAACCAGGACUUAACGCUGCAAUGCCAGGCAGUUCUCAAUCCAAACACCAAGGAGAGGCGUUUGGAUUUCUGGCCGUGAGAUGUGCUCUGCAAAAUGUUUACCUUCUCAUCUCAAUUUUGAAUGGACCAAGAAACAAAUGUUCACCACAGGAUGCUCACAGUGUGGUAUGGCACUAAUGGCUAGUGCACAUUUGCCCAAAGACAAACCCUUUCAAGCUAUGGAUGUAUUUAUUUAUUAAAGCAUUGAUUCUCUGAUUCAGCCA